AUGAAGUUCACCUCGGUGUCCGCUGUUACCAUUUUGGCGGCUAUUUCCGCUGUGCAAGCUGCGCCACUUAGUGUCCACUCUUCUGCCGUGGCUGUUGACCUUCUUCCUCGCAACGGGAUUUCUGCCCUCAGCAAGAAGGGUGAGACAGUCGGCGAUUUCGAAGCCGAGGAAGAGAAGAAGGCCAAGGCUCUCGAGGCCCAAGGAGUCCCGGAAGAUCGCCGACUUAAAGCCCGUGCCAAAGCCGAGACCGUUGGUGAGAUAUUGGCAGAGGAAGAAAAGGAAUUCCAAGAAGAGGAUAUUCCAGAGGACCGCAAGCUCAAAGCCCGCACCAAAACUGAGACUGUCGGCGAGGUCUGGGCCGAAGAGGAAAAGAAGACUCAGGAGGAAGGUCUUCUUGAGGACCGCAAACUAAAGAUCCGUACUGUCUGCGGCCAAGUCGACUUCAGCGGCGGAAAGCCUGUCCAACUCGAGGACCGAGAGCUGUGCCAUGGUCAGGAGAUCGAUCCUACGCCUGCCAAAUUUGCUGACCUGGAGGAUCGCGCUGUAUCGAAAGAAGCCAAGGAUGAACUUGAUAGAAUCCGAGCUGGGAUUGCCACUGAGCCGAGGCUCGAGGACUAG